GCCAUUUUCUCUAGUAUAAAAACCUACUUAAUAUCUCAUAAUACUUGUAAAAGAUAUAAUUAGCAGAUCGCUUCUAAUCUUCCCUCUCUAAUCACUCUCUAAGUCAACGUCAACAACAACGGUCAUCGCCUUCUCUCUCUCUCUUCCCUUUAUUCACGCACACUUCGUGGCUAAUAUAUUCCAACAAGAACACAACCCACAAGCAUCCCUCUCGACACACACACUUCUCUCCUAAAACCAGAAAACAAUGGUGGUUGCAAGUCCCGGCAGCUCGAUGAAGAGCUUAACCAUCCAAAUCCUAACCGGAAGAUGGUUCAUGUUCUUCGGGAGUCUCUUAAUCAUGUCGGCGGCUGGAGCCACUUACAUGUUCAGUCUCUACUCAGGCGAUAUCAAGAAAACCUUAGGCUACGACCAAACCACGCUUAACCUCCUCAGUUUCUUCAAAGAUCUUGGAGCCAACGUUGGAGUCCUCGCGGGUCUAAUCAACGAGGUGACUCCGCCUUGGUUCAUCCUCAUAAUCGGAGCCAUACUUAACUUCUUCGGCUACUUUAUGAUUUGGCUCGCCGUCACAAAACGGAUCUCGAAACCUCAAGUUUGGCACAUGUGUCUCUACAUCUGCAUCGGAGCCAACUCGCAGUCGUUUGCUAACACCGGAUCGCUCGUCACGUGCGUCAAGAACUUCCCGGAGUCACGUGGUGUUGUCUUGGGGAUUCUCAAGGGAUAUGUUGGUCUUAGUGGCGCCAUUAUUACACAGCUCUACCAUGCCUUUUACGGCGAAGACACCAAAGCUCUCAUCCUGAUGAUCGGUUGGUUACCUGCAGCAAUCUCGUUUGCUUUCUUGAGGACGAUAAGGCUGAUGAAAGUACAGAGACAGACAAACGAGCUAAAGGUGUUUUAUAACUUCCUCUAUAUAUCGUUGGGGCUCGCGACGUUUCUCAUGGCGGCCAUCAUCACCAACAAACUCUCCGGCUUUACACAGAGCGAGUUUGGAGGUAGCGCCGCCGUGGUGAUCAUCUUGCUUCUUGUUCCGAUCAUAGUCGUCGUCCUGGAAGAAAAGAAGCUUUGGAAGGAUAAACAAGUCGCCUUCAACGAUCCAGCACCGAUCGAUAUCGUCACCGAGAAACCGAACUCAGAUUUAUCAGAGGUCAAAGAUCAUCAUGACACAGAGCCAGAGGAAAGGGAGACGGUGAAAACGGCGUCGUGUUGGACGACUAUGUUUAGUCCACCGGAAAGAGGAGAUGACUACACGAUCUUGCAAGCGUUGUUUAGCGUAGACAUGUUGAUCUUGUUCUUGGCGACCAUCUGUGGCGUGGGAGGGACUUUGACGGCGAUAGAUAACUUGGGUCAAAUCGGUAGCUCGCUUGGCUAUCCAAAGAGAAGCGUAAGCACGUUCGUGUCACUAGUAAGCAUAUGGAAUUACUUCGGUCGUGUGGUUUCUGGUGUUGUCUCUGAGAUCUUCUUGAUCAAAUACAAAUUCCCAAGACCACUAAUGCUCACACUGAUCCUCCUCCUCUCCUGCGCCGGUCACCUCCUCAUCGCUUUCAACGUCCCCGGUGGACUCUACGUCGCAUCCGUCAUCAUAGGGUUUUGUUUCGGUGCGCAAUGGCCGCUUCUGUUUGCUAUCAUCUCCGAGAUUUUCGGGCUCAAGUACUACUCGACAUUGUACAACUUUGGUUCGGUCGCAAGCCCCAUCGGGUCUUAUUUGCUAAACGUUCGUGUCGCCGGGUAUUUGUACGACGUGGAGGCGGAGAAGCAAUAUAAAGCAUUAGGGCUAUCGAGAGAGGAAGGGAAAGAUUUGAAUUGCGAAGGCACGGCUUGUUUUAAACUGUCUUUUAUUAUAAUUACCGCUGUAACUUUGUUUGGUGUAUUGGUCUCGAUGAUCUUGGUGAUCCGGACCAAGAAGUUUUACAAGAGUGAUAUCUACAAAAAGUUUAGAGAAAAGGCCUUGGCGGCCGAGACGGAGAUGGCAAGGCCGGCUCCUCCGGUAAGAUCGACGGCGGAGGAGGAGGAAGAGAGGGAUACUGUUAAUGGCAAAGAAUUAGGCAAAGGAGGGUAAAGUUGCUUAGUAAAUGAUGAUUGUUAAAGAUACUAGAUCAGACAAUAUGGUAAAGUAUUUUGUAAACAUAUUAUAUGUCCCGAUACAAGCUUUUGGAACACAUCUGUCCAUCGUUACUUUAGUUUGAUGUUUUUUAUCGUUUUGUGUUUUAAGGAUUAUGGAUAGUAGUGAAAGGGUAAAAUUUGGAGA